UAAAGCAUUAAGAGCCAUGCCUCGUUCAUUAAAGUGGAGUUGGGAAAUGUGAGACCGCCCCCUUUCAGGAGUUUAAAAAAAAAGAAAAGGGGGUAGAGAGAAAAAAAUCGAUUAUUUCUCCACGCAGGAGAGCAGAAGGUUUAGGGAAAGACUUGGUCGGGAUUGUGGUGAGGAACAGAAACAGCUUCGCAACAUCAAUAUCAAGCUUCAGACGUCCAGUACUAAUACCGGCACCACCUCCAACACAGCCGCUCCACCGAGUCCCUCGCCGCUCACCGGCACUACGCACUAGCAGACCAGACGGUGCGUCCUCAGUGCCUCCUGAGCGAGCUCUGUCGGAUCAGAGAGAGAGAGGGAGAGAGAGAGAGGAGAGAGAGAGAGAGAGAGAGGGUAGUUUUCUCUGACAUUAUAGGGACUCAUACCACGUAUUGUAGGUUACUUUUUUUUCCUCUCGGCGCCGUCCUCCUGCUUAGUUGCGCUCCUGGAUUUUAAGUGCGUCUCGGCGAACUCCGUCCCCCAUCAAGCUGCGGCUCCAACCUUCCUGUCAAACGGCCGGACCAAACACCCGGCGGACCGCUUGUUGUAGCCUUCUCUCGCUUCACUCGGGACAAGAUUUCAGAUAAAGUACAGAUGCUGGAAUCUUUGAGUUGAUUGAAACAAAUAGAAAGCAGGAAAAAAAAAGAAGAAAAGACAAAGCAAAGGAAGAGCGGAAACGUGAAGAGAAACGGGAGAGAGAGAAGAGAAGAAGAAAGAGAAGAGAGAAGAAAGCUUGAAGUUCUUUAGAAAGAGGAGAGAAAGAAAGAGACGGGGACGAUGGGGAGGAAAAAGAUUCAGAUCACGCGGAUUAUGGAUGAACGCAACAGACAGGUGACAUUUACAAAGAGAAAGUUUGGCCUGAUGAAGAAGGCGUAUGAGCUGAGCGUGCUGUGUGACUGUGAGAUUGCCCUGAUCAUCUUCAACAGCACCAACAAGCUGUUCCAGUAUGCCAGCACAGACAUGGACAAGGUCCUGCUUAAAUACACCGAGUACAAUGAGCCCCAUGAGAGCAGGACCAACUCUGAUAUCGUGGAGACAUUGAGAAAGAAGGGCCUAAACGGCUGUGACAGCCCAGAUCCCGACGCAGAUGACUCGGCAUUGAGCAAGAAGGAGAACAAAGGUGGCGAGAGCCCGGAGCUCGAGUCCGCUCUCAUCCUCACCCCGCGCACUGAGGAGAAAUACAAACAGAUUAACGAAGAGUUUGAUCACAUGAUUAAAACUCAUAAGAUACCUGCCGUGCCCCCAUCGAACUACGACAUGCCCGUGUCCAUUCCUGUUAGCAACCAGAACAAUCUCAUUUACAGCCAUCCCGGUGGAUCCCUAGGCAACCACAAUCUGUUGCCACUGGCACACCACGGCCUACAGAGAAACAGCAUGUCUCCUGGAGUUACACACAGACCCCCCAGUGCAGGUAAUACAGGUGGCCUCAUGGGUGCCGACCUUACCACUGGCGCAGGCACCAGUGCUGGAAAUGGAUAUGGGAACCACCGCAACUCUCCUGGUCUGCUGGUUUCUCCAGGUGGCAUGAACAAGAACAUGCAGACUAAGUCUCCCCCACCCAUGAACCUGGGCAUGAACAACCGCAAGCCUGACCUACGUGUGCUCAUCCCCCCUGGUGCCAAGAACAACAUGCCGUCCAUUAACCAGAGAAUAAACAACUCUCAGUCUGCUCAGUCACUGGCCACCCCAGUGGUAUCAGUAGCAACUCCUACUCUACCAGGACAAGGCAUGGGCGGUUAUCCAUCUGCCAUUUCUACUUCUUAUGGUACCGAGUACUCCCUGAAUAGCACAGACCUGUCCUCCCUGUCUGGCUUCAACAGUGGCAGCUCUCUACACCUUGGUUCAAUGAGUGGGUGGCAACAGCAACACCUUCAGAACAUGCAGCAUUCAGCGCUGGGCCAGCUAGGAAAUUGUUCUAGCUCUCACUUAUGUCAGGGUUCAAAUCUGUCCCUGCCCUCUGCUCAAAGCCUCCACAUCAAGUCCGAACCUGUUUCUCCUCCUAGAGAUCGCACCAGCAGCACACCGGGGGGCUACGGUGGCGGGGUGCCACCUCCCCAGAACCCCUCGUCCCGCCAGGACUCGGGACGCUCCCCUGUUGAUAGCCUGAGCAGUUGUAGCAGCUCCCAUGAGGGCAGCGACCGCGAUGAGCACAGGAAUGAGUUCCACUCACCUCUGGGACUGGCCCGGCCCGCCCUGGAUGAGCGUGAGAGCCCCUCCAUCAAACGGGUACGCCUGUCAGAAGGAUGGGCGACAUGAUUGCACUGUCCACACCUCUGCAGUGCCCCAAGUUGCCCCGAGCUCCCGACAAUGCAGCAUUACGAUGCCCCACAGUCAGCUCCCUCCUCUUCCUCCUCGCACUCGAUCUCAUGAGUCACUCACCGCCCAACCCCAUGGCCUCUCUCCUUUUUUCUCUUUAUUGCAGAAGGAAAGCAAAGGGACAACCCUUUCCAAAAAUCUGUUUGUAAUUUCUUUUCCUUAUUUUUUGUUCCUUGUUUUGAUUUUGCUGAGUGUGCGUGUGUGUGCGUGUUAUACAUAUUGACAUUAUAUAAAGCAGUUGGGUGUUGUAAUGGGGGCUUGGGAGGGUAGUUGUUGUUUGGGAUGGGAUCUGGGGGUAUAUUUGUUGGGGAACUAUGCAUAAAUUGUAUUGUGGAAAAAAAAAAGAAUCAUGUAUGCAUAUAUCUUUACACGUGCAACACGUGUGUACAGAUGUGCAUAUCAACAAAUACAAAAAAAAAAGGUCAGGUACUCUGUUUCAUAAAACGUACUUACAAUUUGCCCCAGUGCUAUAUCAGUGAAUAGAGACAAAAAAACAAAACAAAAAAAACAACAAAAAAAACAAGAUGAGCGUGAUUGUGUCCAGUGAAAAACACCUUAGCACUUGAGUUGGACAAACAAUACAUGUGUACAGUAUCAGUUUCAUUGCUAUAGACCUUCUCUGCAGUUUUACCUUGCAAAAAUGUGUGUUAACAUUAGAUGAUGUCAUGUUGCAGGUUCAACGUAUUUAUGUAAAUAGCGGGUCAAGGGGGUAAAAGGGCCUGGGGUCAAAAGUCGCCAGACAUUACAAGAUUUAUUUACUCACUAAAUGAAAAAGCUAUUAUGCAACAUUUGAAGGAUUGUACAGGUAAACGAGAAAACCCGAUGCUAGAUGUGUGGAACCCUUGAUCGUUUUCGUGCUCCCCUUAAAGAACGGAGUGAGGACCACUCUUUGAUCUAAGAGCUAUGUCGGCGUAAUCAAGAAAAUCUCUGGAUCUAGUAUUAACUAUUCAGUAUUGAUAAACAAAAAAAAGAGAAAAAAACAAUUGUACAAUACACUUGCUUAUAUUUUCAUAUGAAAGGAAUAAAAUGCAAAGCAUUUUUGUGGCUUUUUGUAGUUUCUAUAAGCCAGAAUGUGUUUUUUGAUAGCUUUGCCAAUAAGAGAUGGAUAGUUCACCCAGAGGGGAAAUGACAGGGCUUCAAGCCCCCAAGCCAUGAAAAACAGACUGAGAUCCAAUGCUUUGCUGAACUGUUUAAUCUUUGUAGAGGUUUGUUUUUAAACGUGUAUUUCUUAUUAUAUAUAAUAAUGGUAAUAUUAAGAAUCUUUUAAAAAAAAUCUGUGAAAUUAACAUGCUUGUGUAUAGCUUUCUAAUAUAUAAAUAUAUAUAAUAAUGAUUUUUUGUUGGUUUCUUAGUGAAGUUUCUAUGUGCUGUUGCACAUGUUGUCUGGUUUGUUUCAUUUUAACUCUGAACAGGGCUGUUUGGGCGGGGUGUUUAGACUAACCUUAAAAACCAGCUGGAAAGCAUUGCCAGGGUUGAAGCCUGAAUGCUGAAAAACCUAAUUUCUAGUGGAAAAUGUCACGAGGCUGAAUCUGGAGACGACACAGAAAUAAAUGUUGACACGUAACGUACACGAUUGUCACACUGAUGAGGAAAUAUGACAGAGCCGCAGUCUCCGGAUGCAUUUUUAUGCAUCCCGAUAUUUCGUUAGGAGUCCAAAUUAUUAUAAUUUAAUAGUCACAGUCAUAAAACAUAGAUUUGACCUCAUCGAUUUUGAAUACCACCUUCAAUUUUCAACCCAGUCUACCUUGUGUUCGAGAUGCCGCUCAGACGCAAACUGUAAAAUCUUCCUUUGAAUCGCAUUAACGUAAUGCGAUUUAUGCAUCGUGAUUAAGUACUCUUGUUUUCAAACCUAAUUUAAUUCUGUGUCGCUCCAGUCUCGAAAACAGGGUUCCACAUCCUUUACCACACUGUCGCAGACAGUUCAGCGUAAGACACAAAACAGAACAAACUGAUCAUGCUGGUAUGGGAGAAGCACAAUUGUUUAUUCUUGAUGAAUAGCUUUGAUUUUCUCUUUUUUAAACAAUGAAACUAGCCACAUAUCUCUCCGCCUCCCACACCCGUAUCUGCUGUCACUUAAGUGUUAUGAUAUUUCUAUGUGCAUAUUUCAUGCAGGUUCACUAGGUUGUUACUGUAUACAGUCUGUGUAGUCAAAUGGGGCAGAGCCUCUAUAACAGUGUUUUUCUUCUUCUUCUUUUUUUUAAACUUCAAUAGAAAAAAAAAGGUUGGGAAAAAAAUAAACAUGAUGUUUCAGGCAGCGUAAGUGUGGAGAAACCAAAGCCAGUGGCAUUUCUGUGUUGUAAAGUCAGCUUUUAUUUUCACAUUCAUUUAUGGGUUUUUUUUUUCUUUUGCAAGCAUUGAAACAAGAUAAUAAAAGAUUCUGCUUAAAUUCA